AUGUCCUCCCGCGCGGUUCGCAAGCUGCAAAGGCUUCGCGAGCAGGAAUUGCAGCAAGCCGACCAAGACGAAUCGAGCGAAGAUGAAACCGUUUUGCGACCAUCUAAACCGAAGCUCAACGCUUUCGAUCUUCUGAAUGCUGCGGAAGAAGAAGAGGAAGAGGAAGAGCCUGAAGAAGAUACCGGAGAUGUGACCCCCCAACUGCCACAAUUUGAACCUGAACCUGAACCCUCGAAACCCACCGAAGCCAGUAAAAAGAAGAAGAAGAAGAAGAAGAAGAAGACUCCUCCCAAAACAAGCGGUGCGGAAGGGCCAGCAUCUACCAAGACAAAGGGUGCAAAAUUGAAUGAUAUUGACAACGCCCUGAAAGAUCUGGCCGUCGAGAACAAACCCGGGCAAGAUGGCAAUGUUACAUUGUCUACGAGUGAUCGCUCGUUCCCAAAGACCCCCGAACAACUAUUAGGUAUCGACCCGAGAGCCCUUAAUGCAAUUAACGAAAUGAAGAAGCUGUUCGGAAACGUCGUGUUGGAAAACUUUGACCAGGAUGACUCCGGGGCAGGCCGCAGAAGAGGGAGAACCGAGACGGUGGAUCUUGGGCGCGCUUUGACCGGAAGAUACUGUCCAGCAAGUCGAGGACAAAGCUUAGCGGGCGUGACUUUGCGGCGGAACUCUCUCAUGCAGGCAAAUGAUGAAUGGCCCCGUGCUCCUAACGGUGGUUUGGGAAUGGAAUUGGAGGAAAGGCUUCCGGAUGGUUCUACGAAAUAUCGGAUCGUACACAACCUCUCGUAUCAGGAUGUACAGCGGCAGUUCGAUCUGUGCGUCGAAUCGAUGGACCCGCAAAGAUUAAUCGCCCUCCUUCAAUACAACCCGUAUCAUAUCUCCACGAUACUUCAAGUGUCUGAUAUAGCCAAGCAUCAGGGCGACCAUGCCGUAUCCGCUGACCUUCUUGAGCGUGCACUUUUCAAUAUUGGUCGUUCCGCCCAUUCGACGUUCAACAACCGCAUCAAAGAGGGGCAGGCAAAGCUUGACUUCGGGCAUUCAGAAAACCGGGAACUUUGGCUUGUGGGGUGGAGAUACAUCGCCAAUUUGGGGAUGAAGGGGACAUGGAGGACUGCAUAUGAAUGGGCUAAGCUGCUUCUCAGCCUUAAUGCAAAUGACCCGUAUUGCAUUAGACUAAUGAUCGAUCACCUGGCUCUUCGAGGUAGGGAAUAUGCUCAUUUUGUUGAGCUGUGUACCCAGACUCGGUUGAGUGAGGAAUGGGAAAAGUAUCCCAAUAUCCAGUGCUCGCUUGCACUGGCUUAUCUCCGCCUGAACAAACCUCAGGAAUGCCGGCAACAACUACGUCUUGCCAUGUCCCGCUACCCAUGGGUGUUCUGUAGACUCGCACAGGAACUAGAUAUCCAGCCUAUGCCCAAGCGAGUCUGGGGCAAGAUGCCACCAACUGAUGUUCAUGAACUACUCACCGAACUGUACAUCGCACGAGCGAAGGACCUCUGGAACACACCAGAGAUCGUUUCGUUGAUUGUCGAGGUCGCGGAUACUUUACCAGAGAAGGAGGAACCUGUUGAACCGCCGGAGAUCACAUUGGAUAUUGCUCGUCAUGUGAUUCUUUCCGACAUUCCUCGGGUCACCACCCAUCUUCCUAGUCGCUUCGUUUCUGGGCGUAUUUCCGCAUCCGAUCCUCUCCCUCCUUUUGAAUCGGACGCUCACCGCCAGCAGUCUGACCCAACCCCGUCAUACUUGUCUCGAAUUCCGGAGGUUGGACGACCACAAUGGCUUCGUGAUCUUCUCGACCAGAUCAACAACGGAGCCAUUCACUUCCCUCGGUUCCGACAAGGAGAGGACGAAGAAGUGCAUAAUGAUGAUUUUCGUCCCGGUGAAGAGACUGAGGAAGGACAUACAGCAGGCGUCCCACAUCCAUCAGUCGAGGAUCAACCCGUGCUCCAGCAGUGGCUCUUGGCUGAUGGCAUGCAGGCUUUGGAGGCAUACCUCCAAGAGCAUGGUGUCGACCCGGGUAAUUGGGAUGAGCUUAUUGAUUACACCCCACUUAUGGAUUAUGUAGAUGCAUUGGAUGGAAUCCAGCCCAAUUCAGCUCAACAGCAGCUCCUGUACGGGCCGAUCCGAGAAGCGUUGGGUGACAUUGUGGUGGCAAUGUUGGAAAACGAGUUGGAGAUGCUGCAGGAUCAAGUUUGA